GAUGAUUGAAGAUAGCCAACUUUCAAGUUCGAUUUUACUAAUAAAUGGCGGACCGCAAAAUUUCCUAACAAAAGCGAGUAUAUAUAUAUCUGGAUAUUUUAUGAAAAAAUAAUUAAAAACUUAAUUUAUCAUGGAGCUUAGUCGUACUACGCUUGGUAUAGCUGCUGGUCUUGCAGGAACCUUAUUUCUAGGGUAUUGUGUUUAUUUUGACCAACAACGUCGUAAGGAUCCUCUAUUUAAAAAGAAGUUAAGAGAACGUCGUGAAAAAGCCCAACACAAUGCUACCAGAUCUCGGACCCUUGGUGGUCCUUUGCCUGAUAUGAAUGAUCAUGAGGCUAUGCAGAGAUUCUUUUUGCAACAGAUCCAACUUGGUGAGGAGCUAUUGGCUGCUGGAGACCUAGAAGCUGGUGUGGAGCACCUUGGGCAGGCUGUUACAGUUUGUGGACAAACACAACAGCUACUCAGUGUGCUGCAACAAACAAUGCCGGCAUCAAUCUUCCACCUUCUUUUGAAGAAGCUUCCGGAAGUCUCAGAACGUCUCCGUGCCUCCAUGAUAGCCAACGGUGGUACAACAUUACAGGAAGAAGAUGUUGAAUAAGAUAUUUAUGUGCCUCGGCCUAACAAUAAUUAGGUAUUAUUGACUUAUAUUUAAAUGUUGAGAAGUUUGUGUGACAUAAAAUUGUUAUAUGGAUAAACAGCAAUAUGUUUUUUUUCCAAAACUAUAAUAAAUUUAGAAAUAAGACCUAAAUCUUGUUUACAAAGUACAAUAAAAAUAUUAAUAAAUUUCCUUUAAUACCUAAUUAUUUAAAGUUAGACAUGACAGCAUGCCCUUUUAGAUAAUUAGAAAACAAAUGGUAUAAUAUUUUGCUACAGUAAACAACACAAUUCCUUCAGUUUUCUUCCUUAAUUCUCGUUUCUGUUAAAUUAUAAUAAUUAUGUUAUUAAAUGCUUAACUUAAUAUAGGUGUAGAAAUAUAGAUAAAAAAUCUUAACUCGAUCUAAUUAUUAUAAAAUAAAAUGAUGUUUGGAGCUCAAAAGUUUUGAAUCAUGUUGUUUUUUUUUUCCAAUGGGCUGUGAAAGUUGUAAACCCGCCAAAUAUUCUUCAACUUAAUGGUAAAAAAUUUUAACAAUGUUUGUUAGUAAAAUAACACUAACAAACAUUGUUAAAAUUUUCUCCCUAGAUUCUAGUUCUAGGUUUUGUUCACAUCUGAUUGAGAAUGCUUGAGUUUUGAUUGAUUUUAUUAUGAAAUAAAAAUAUUGUAAAAGUU